UACCGCGGAGUAAGCCGGACGGAUCGGAGAGAGCGCAGCUGUUAAACUCUCUAAGGUUUAGUUCGCUCCGCGACAUCAACCAUGAAAGUUCUAAAGAAAAUUAAAGCUAGAAUCGGCCUCAGCCAUAAGCAAGGGUUAAUUUGUCCUCCAGGACAACCUCUAGAGUUCCAUCCUAUACAUGGAGAUAAUGUUCAGCUUACACAAGGAAACACUAUUGCUGCUAGAGUUGAGAGUUUUUGCAAAGCAGUCGUCUUCACUCACAGACCUGUUAGAAUCAACGAGAAGGUCUUCAUCCGGUUUGUUGAGAAGUCGGAGAGUUGGUCCGGAUCCAUCCGGUUCGGGUUCUCCGCUGUAGAUCCGCGGCAGCUGAGCGGAAAUUUGCCAAAAUACGCCUGCCCAGACCUGACGAAUAAACCCGGGUUCUGGGCCAAGGCUUUGGCGGAGAAAUUUGCGGAGAAAGAUUCAGUGAUGUACUACUACGUGACAAGUAGUGGAGAUGUAGUGUUUGGUGUAAACGGAGAGGAUAAAGGAGUGUUUUUCUCCGGAGUUGAUACCCGGAGACAGCUGUGGGGACUAGUUGAUGUAUACGGAAACAGUAAUGUGAUUGAGUUAGUUGACCCCAGGAGAAGUUUGAAUAACAUGCUCUCAAACCAGGCUCCCAAAUCUCCGGCUCCACAACGGAUCCAGGCUCCAAGGAUCCCUGAGCCUAGGCUCCGUAGAUCUGAAUCCUGUGGUAGGAUCCCCAACUAUGUUGAGAGUAGUUACUAUGGCUCUAAGAGGCUAGCUCGUGCUGCCUUCCAUAGAGGUUGUGUGGGUCAAAACGUGAGCUUGAACCAGACUGCUUCUAUUGCUACCAGGACGGAUACUGAGUUCUGCAAUGGUUACGUUUUCCUUGAUUCUCCUCUCCAACCUGGAGAGAGUUUAGUGAUCAGGGUUCUAGAAACGGAAAGCACUUACAUUGGGAGCUUGGCGUUUGGUUUAACCGGAGCUGAUCCCAGAAACCUCACCUCCAGUUCUCUGCCAGAGGACUCAGAACUUCUCCUUCAGCGACCAGAGUACUGGGUUCUUUCCAAAGAUGUUCUGGCCAACCCCCACUCGGGAGAUGAGAUCUGUUUUACUCUGGGUCUGGACGGAGCUGUACUUUGUUCCAUCAACAACGGUCCUGAUAGGGUUAUCUUUCACUCAGAUAUCUCAAUACCAACCCGACCCUUCAUUGAUAUCUACGGAGUUGCACAGAGGAUCCAGCUGCUUGGAGUAGCACCUGCAUCUCAUCCAACUAGUCACACCCCAACCAUCCGGAGAUCCGUCCGACCAUCCAAAGCCUCCCCUAGACCUAAAUCCUGCUCCCCCCAGUCCCUCCCCUCCCUGGAUAUAUCCCAGGACUCCGGUAUGGUUCAGAACGAAUGUGUGAUUUGUUACGAGUCUGAUGUUGAUUGUGUUCUUUACUCCUGUGGACACAUGUGCAUGUGCUUCUCCUGUGCAGUUCAACAGUUUAAUAGUUCCGGAGAAUGCCCCCUGUGUAGAGCCACAAUCAGAGACGUGAUUCGAACCUACAGAGCCUAGAUCUAAACCAUGAUCUGAGAGACAAGUCAGAGCUUGAACCCGGAGUAAAGAUGAACUCCGAACCUAGACAACACACGAGAUUACACGCUGAAUACCAAAGAAUUUGCAUAUUGUCAAAUAUAGUCACAUAUAUAAUACUCUUGCUUAGAUAUACUAAAUAAUAAAAACUGAAAUCUAUAA